AUGCUAAUUUUCAGAGAGAAGCACACUGUCGAAGAGUUUGUUGAAGGACUAUCCCAUUUCGACAAGGAGGGCAAUGGCCUGAUCAAUGUUGCGGAGCUACGUCAUCUGCUUACUACCCUAGGUGAACGACUCACUGAUGAGGAAGUCGAUCAGCUUCUUGCGGGACAUAACGAUUCUCAUGGAAAUGAACACGAUCGAGUUUCAGGAGUUAUUAGGACACUGGCUGCGAUGUCAGGACCUGGUGGAUCUGGUGUUAAUGAUUCCUCUAGUUAUGUGGAUGAUGCUGAUGGUGGUGAUGGCACCUCUAUGGAAGCAAGUCGUGACAUAGCCCAUGUGAAAGCUAUCCUCGAAGAGGCUGGAGUGACCGAUUACGAUCCACGCGUGGUGCAUUUGCUUCUUGAUUUACUAUACUCAACUACCUCCAGUUUGCUUACUCAAGCAAAAGCGGUAUCGCAACACUGCGGGAAAAUGGUCAUAGAUGAACCAGAUGUACAAAUAGCUGUGGACUUUAGUGGUAAUCUUAUCGGGUCUCGUGAACUGAAUAUCCAAUUUGCUUUCUCAUACUGUGCCGAACUAGUAUUGGAGAAAGAUUCCGUCCAUCUUUUUUAUCGAGGACGCAGCUGUUCAGCCAAAGUGCUUUAUUCAUACACUACACGUCUUAUUUGUAUCCGCAUAUCUAAAGUAUUUAUAGGUAUUGCAGGCUAUCUGAGUGAUGGUAACCCUAGCAGGGAUUAUGUGCUUAAAACAGCUGCCGAGCGAAACUCCCAGCCUUUGCCGCAGAUUCGUCAUAACUUUGGCUUGAAACUUCCCAACGACAGGUCAUUUCUUAGUUUUGCCUUCCUGCAGCCGAAUGUCGAAUGGCGAGGUUCGGAUCGAACUACAGCAGAUUUAUUAUCGAACAACUCAUCGCUAACAGUAGGUCAACCGCCUGCUUCUUCGGCUUAUGUGGAUGAUAGUCUUCAACAACUUCGCCCCGAACAUGUCACUAAUAUACUGAAAAGAUCAGCCGAUGAUGAUUUCGAUGUGUAA